AUGGCGAAAUAUAUGCAUGUCAUAGAUGCUUAUAUUAAAAUGUUGAAGGCCCAGGAGGGUUUGAAAAAGAGGCCAAGAGGUACAGUCUAUCUUGAAACUGCGUGCUUAGUUGCAAUUAUGAAGCGGAAUAAAGAAAAGGAUGAGACCAUUGAAGCCAAUUACCCUAACCGUGGCACUUCACAGCGUCCUGGUUUAGUUCAAAGGGUGCUAGGUUACUUGAAGAAUGACAUGGUGUUCAUUCCAAUAAAUGUUACAAAUACACAUUGGUACCUUGUUGUUAUAAACACCGACAAACGUGAGGUUCAGGUGCUAGACUCUUUGGGCGAGAUGUUUGGACGUGUUGACCUCAAUAAAAUUAUGGAUGAUAUAAAAGAAUUUAGAUUGCAGUUUACGGUGAUCUUGCUAGCGUCAGAGUUAAACAAACAAAAGGGUGCUCCAUAUCUUGAUAGGGAUGAAAAUAUUGGAAGCCCAAGCGACUGUGCCAUAAUAGAGAAUUCAAAGAUGGCUGAUCAAGUGUCUACGAAAAAGAGAAAACAUUAUGAGAAGGCCAAUGCUUAG